AUGACUUGGCUGAACCUAAUCGCGUUGAGUCGACUCAACGAAUUCACUUCAAUCGUCAGUCAGGUUCAGGCGGCCGAGAAGCAAUGGCGCGCUUGGUUUGAUAAAGAGGCGCCUGAAGAUGAGCCGGUGCCAUGUGGCUACGAGAUGACACUUGACGCCUUCCGUCGGCUUCUGCUGGUGCGCUGCUGGUGUCCGGAUAGAACACUUCAGCAGGCGCGAAAGUACAUUCUACAUGCAUUGGGACCUAGCUUUAUUGAGGAUGUGCUGGUCAACAUGGAAAGUCUCGUGGAAGAAUCUGAUCCUCGGACCCCACUCACCGGUCUUCUGAGCAUGGGCGCUGACCCUACGCCCUUUAUAGAGCAGGUAGCGCGCCGGUCACGUAUUGACCUGCAGGCGAUAUCGAUGGGCCAGGGCCAAGAGAUACACGCUCGCCGACUCAUCAAACAGGCCCGUAUCGAAGGGACCUGGGUACUUUUGCAGAACUGUCAUCUCUGCCUCGACUACAUCGAAGAGUUGUUUCUUCAAUUCUCCGAAGAACCG